AUGUCCAGUUUUUUGCUUGUCAUCCCCGAAGACGUGAUCAAGGGCUGCUCCGAGGGAGAUAAACUAGUCGUCACUGGAGAAUUCGAUAACUGGAGACACGCAGACUAUGUUUUGCAGUACGACAGCAGCGCACAAAACUACAAGGUUCAGAUACCCAGAAGAAACGGUCAGCGUAGCACGAUGUUCAAAGUGGUGAUAAACGAUAAGAAAUGGGUCACCCUUAACUACUUCGAUACCGUGACGGACAAAUCAGGGUACACCAACAACGUCCUGCACUUCAAGGACAACGAGGCCAGCCAACUCAUGGAUAUACCUCUAUCGCCACGUGUGCGGGCCAGCACUGUCAAAUGGAAGCCGGAAGAGGACUCGCUGAACGAUUAUGUAAAUUUGUCGUCGCACAGCGACCUAAGCAGCACAGAGGAGAUAGUGUACUGGAACUCGGACAUGGAGGACGAGAACCUGGAUGCUACCAUCCAGUGUGAUUUCCACCAGGCCUUCAACAGCCGGAAAGAGUCUUUAAAUGGGCUGAUGUGUAUUGCCAAGAAAGUCAAGACGUACUGGAACAAAUAG